UUGCCUACACAAAACAAAACAAAACAAAACAACUAAACAAAAAACAGAGCAAAAGCAGAGCAACAACUCUGCAACUAUUUUCUUCCCCCAUUUCUCAUGCCCUCACCAAGCCAACAACCCAUUCUCUUCCACUCAAACUACUCCACAAUGCUUAAAUCACUUAACAAGAAGCUCUGCCUUCUCUGCUCUCGCCUUCACUGGUCCAGUCGCCGCCGCUCCAAGCCUAAAAUUAUCAUCAAAAGGUUUGGAAAAAAUAGCUCCAAAUUUCAAGAUGAUGCCAAUAAUGAAGUGGGCAUUAAUGGGUCUCCUGCAGUUCUUCCAAAUGACAAAUUGGGUAGUCUAAACUCGGAAAAGCCUAUACGGAUAGCUACAUUCAAUGCUGCCCUCUUUUCCAUGGCACCAGCAAUUCCUGAGGCUGAGAAGAGAACCAGUUUUGAAAUUGGAAAUGGAAAUGGAGAUAUAAUGAAUUUUAGGAGAUCAAUGGACUUGAAUUUACGCGCAAAGUCUGUGAAUGAUCGGCCAAAAAGUAUUCUAAAGCAGUCUCCCCUGCAUCCAAGUUCCAUGAAUGGUACAAACAAUCUUUCAACGCAACAGAAGUAUGUGAAGUCCAAGUUAAGGGUGUCGAUAAACUUACCCGAUAAUGAGAUUUCAUUGUUACGGAAUAGACAGUUGAGCUUUGAUGAAAGAGAAGGUUCUUCUUCUUUUUCUGCUUCUGAUUCUGCUUCAAGUAGUAGAAUAAGUAGAGUUUUGAAAGGGAAGGCUCCUCUAAUAUCCAAUUCAAGCUUGCCUAUAAGUAUGCUAAAUGGUAUAGUUGGCGAGACCUAUAAAAGCAGCAGGACUGUGCUUGAAGUGCUGAGAGAGUUGGAUGCUGAUAUAUUGGCUCUACAAGAUGUGAAGGCUGAGGAAGAAAAGGCCAUGAAGCCUCUGUCUGAUUUGGCUGGUGCUUUGGGAAUGAAUUACGUUUUUGCCGAAAGCUGGGCACCGGAGUACGGCAACGCCAUCUUGUCAAGAUGGCCUAUCAAGCAGUGGAAAGUUCAGAAGAUCUUUGAUGAUUCUGAUUUCCGGAAUGUUCUGAAGGCCACGAUUGAUGUGCCCCACUUGGGAGAAGUUAAUUUCAACUGCACCCUCCUUGAUCAUCUCGAUGAGAACUGGCGAAUGAAGCAGAUGAAUACAAUAAUACAGUCUAGUGAUGAAGCUCACAUUUUAACUGGAGGCCUCAAUUCACUUGAUGAAACAGAUUACUCAGAAGAAAGAUGGACUGACAUCGUAAAGUACUAUGAGGAGAUAGGAAAGCCAACACCAAAGGUUGAAGUGAUGAGAUUUUUGAAGAGCAAACAAUAUACAGACGCUAAGGACUUUGCAGGAGAAUGCGAAUCGGUGGUCAUGAUUGCCAAAGGCCAAAGUGUGCAGGGAACAUGCAAGUAUGGAACUCGGGUUGAUUACAUAUUGGCAUCACCAAAUUCACCUUACAAGUUUGUUCCUGGAUCAUAUUCAGUGUUUUCUUCCAAAGGAACUUCUGAUCAUCACAUAGUGAAAGUUGAUUUAGUAAAAGUAACAAGUACAGCUGCUGAAGAAAAUGUCAAUAAAAAAAGGCGACAACCAAAACAGAAAGUUAUAAAGGUAACACAGUCAUCUCCAUCAAAAGGUAUAUGGAAGACAAAUACAUGAGACUCAAAGUGAUAAAUUCAUUUUUUUAAUGUGGUUUCUGUAUGUGGGAGGGGGCAGAUGGUUUGAUUUUGGACCUUUUUUUUUUUUUUUUUUUUUUUUUUUGCCUUUUAUGCUUUGUAAAUCAUUUAACACUACUUUUUUAAGUGUUUAGGUAGAUAUCAGGCGAGGAAUAAGAUCUGGUGGUGUAACAUUUUUUUUCCUUUUUCAAGAAGAAUCUGUAUAGUUAUUGAGUUGGACGUUGGAACUUAUACUCUUCUUUUUUCUUGAAAUAAGUGGGGAAGGGGGAUUUGAAUCGAGGAAGAGAUGAGUAAUGCAAUGAGAUACAAGGUUGUAGACUCAAACUUAAACAUUUUAAUAGUGAAAUGUUGCUACUUGCUCAUUUGACCAUCA